CUCUCUCUCUAAACAUGUCUUUUACCCGUACCUCUCACAGCUCUCCACGGCUCCACCUAGUCAAUUUACACCUUCUGAAACUUUCAAGCAAUGCCAGCGGCACUUUUCUCCUGGACCCAGUUGGUGUUUGGUCAACCCUUUCGCUUGCAUUUGUCUCUUCAAUAUUUUAAUAAUAUGGGUGUUGAAUUUUACUAAGUUUCCUUUGUGGGUAUCAUUCAAAUUUGUGCCGUAAGCUUUUUUCGUGUUCCAAUUGAUGGGUCCUCGGCCUCUUUAUAGAGAGUUUGGGAAUCUGGUCAUUUCCGUGGGGUCUGAUCAAGAUUAUGGUUGGUGAGAAAAGGUUAGGGUUUUGAGCAGCUAAAAGUCGCAGCUUCAAAUUUUCCUUUCGGAAUUGGGUUGGAUUUGUGUAUCUGGAAAAGAGGGUAUUCUGUGGAAUUGGGAUUUCUAUCAUUAGGUGUUUUGUACUAUUGUUUCUUCAAUUGGGUUCUUUAAAAUGGAUGUGAAAGCAGAAGGUGAAAUUGGAGAGGUUGCCAAAACUGAUGAAGAAGUGAGCUUUGGCUCAAACUCAAAAUUGAAAGGUUGGGGGAGCCUUAGCUGCAGAAAUAUGUUGGGGAAGAGAAAUGGAAAUUUUAGUAGCAAAGAUAUGUUUGUCAGAGCUGACAAGAUUGAUCUGAAAAGUUUAGAUGUUCAGCUGGAGAGGCACGUGAGCCGGGUCUGGUCGAAGAAUUCAGAAGCUGCAAAGCCAAAGGAAGAGUGGGAGAUUGAUCCAUCUAAGUUGCAUAUAAGAUAUUUAGUAGCUCGGGGCACCUACGGUACGGUUUAUCGCGGUACUUAUGAUACCCAAGAUGUCGCAGUGAAGCUGUUGGACUGGGGAGAGGAUGGCAUGGCCACAACUGCUGAAACUACUGCUUUACGGGCAUCAUUUCGUCAAGAAGUUGCUGUUUGGCACAAACUGGACCAUCCAAAUAUCACCAAGUUUGUUGGUGCUUCAAUGGGGACAUCAAAUCUCAAGAUUCCUUCAAAAGAUGCUUCUGGUGAUGGUUAUGUUACCCUUCCAUCAAGAGCUUGUUGUGUGCUUGUGGAAUACCAAACUGGUGGGACGCUGAAAAAGCUCCUUUAUUUGAAUAGGAGAAAGAAGCUGGCUUUUCAAAUAGUGAUUCAACUUGCUUUGGGCCUCUCUAGAGGACUAAGUUAUCUGCAUUCAAAGAAAAUUGUACAUCGUGACGUUAAAGCUGAAAAUAUGUUACUAGAUGCUCACAAAAAUCUAAAAAUUGCUGAUUUUGGUGUUGCUCGUGUUGAAGCUCAGAAUCCGCAAGACAUGACCGGUGAAACUGGAACCCUUGGGUACAUGGCACCAGAGGUUCUUGAUGGCAAGCCUUAUAAUAGAAAAUGUGACGUCUAUAGCUUUGGUAUAUGCUUAUGGGAAAUCUAUUGUUGUGAUCUGCCCUAUCCAGACCUUAGCUUUGCUGAAGUUUCGUCCGCCGUUGUUCGCCAGAAUUUGAGGCCAGAAAUACCCAGAUGUUGCCCGAACUCUUUAGCGAACAUCAUGAAGAAAUGUUGGGAUACAAACCCAGAAAAACGUCCCGACAUGGAUGAGGUUGUGAGGAUGUUAGAAGCAAUUGACACGAGCAAAGGAGGAGGUAUGAUACCCGAAGGCCAGGGCGGAGGCUGCUUUUGCUUUACUCGAGCCCGGGGUCCCUGAAUCCUUUAUUCAUUUGUUUUGGUCGAUGAAGUAGUGUUUCAGAGUUUUCGUAUGAACAAAAAAAGCAUGUAGUUGUACUGAAAACAAAUAAUUAUCUCUACAAGUUUCACCAUUAUUGAUUU